GCUCUCUGUUUUCGCGGCCGCUGCUACUUCGUCAACUUCGUUUUGCGGUCGGCGAUGGGUGAUAGUUUGGUUUGUGCGUUAAUAGAUGCCGUGCAGCCCAUUUCAGGAGUGUUGUACACAUAGCUCGACAAAAGUAGCCUGGCAGAAGACAGCAGUAGCUACGGCGCGCCAAUUUCCGCGGUCCUCUUCGCGGCACAUUUUCGCACUCUGCCCGGUUUGACCAGAGUUUGACGGAAGGCACUCAAUGAGUGUUCAUGACGAAAAAUGAGUUUUAGCAGCGAUGAAGUCAAUUUUCUUGUCUACCGGUAUCUGCAAGAAUCAGGUUUCUUUCACUCUGCCUACACCUUUGGCAUUGAAAGUCACAUCAGUCAGUCCAACAUCAAUGGAGCUCUGGUGCCGCCCGCAGCAUUGCUGUCCAUUAUUCAGAAGGGUCUUCAGUAUACAGAGGCUGAAAUCAGCAUUGGAGAGGAUGGCUCGGAGCGUAUGAUCGAGUCCCUGUCACUGAUCGAUGCCGUCAUGCCUGAUGUGGUGGCAUCACGGCAGCAGCAGGCCCACAAUAACAAAAAUGCUGUGGUUAAGGCAGAGCCAAGCAACACCAAUGGCGAGGAUACGACGCACAACUUUGGCGGAACAAAUCAUAACGAGACAAUGGAAGUGGAUGGCAAUGUGGAAAUUCCGAGCAGCCGGGCAACGAUACUACGAGGUCAUGAGUCGGAAGUGUUCAUCUGCGCAUGGAAUCCGACGUCUGACCUCUUGGCAUCUGGGUCCGGGGACUCGACAGCUCGCAUCUGGAACAUGAAUGACAACAGUCCAAGUCCCAACCAGCUAGUGCUACGGCACUGCAUACAAAAAGGAGGCACUGAGGUGCCCAGCAACAAAGAUGUGACCUCACUUGACUGGAAUUCAGAUGGCACCCUGCUGGCCACUGGUUCGUACGAUGGGUUUGCUCGAAUAUGGACAACAGAUGGUCACCUGGCGAGCACUUUAGGGCAGCACAAAGGUCCCAUAUUUGCACUCAAAUGGAACCGCAAGGGAAACUACAUUCUCAGUGCUGGUGUUGACAAGACAACCAUAAUCUGGGAUGCCAGCACAGGGCAGUGCACACAGCAGUUUGCCUUUCACACAGCGCCUGCACUCGAUGUAGAUUGGCAGAGCAACACGAGCUUUGCCUCCUGCUCAACAGACCAGUGCAUCCAUGUGUGCAAGCUGGGUGCUGACAAGCCAGUCAAGACAUUCACGGGCCACACCAAUGAGGUGAAUGCAAUCAAGUGGGACCCUCAGGGGGCACUGCUGGCCUCUUGCUCAGACGACAUGACCCUCAAGAUCUGGAGCAUGAAGCAGGACACGUGCGUGCAUGACCUACAAGCACACAGCAAGGAGAUUUACACCAUCAAAUGGAGCCCCACGGGACCUGGCACAAACAACCCCAACAUGAGCCUCAUUCUUGCCAGUGCAUCGUUCGACUCAACGGUUCGCCUCUGGGAGGUGGAGCGAGGUGUCUGCCUGUACACAUUGACAAAGCACACAGAGCCCGUGUAUAGUGUGGCCUUCAGCCCUGAUGGCAAGUUCCUGGCCAGUGGGUCCUUCGACAAGUGCGUCCACAUCUGGUCUACACAGAGUGGCAACUUGAUUCACAGCUACAAAGGCACGGGUGGCAUCUUUGAGGUGUGCUGGAACCAGCGGGGAGACAAAGUUGGUGCCAGUGCAUCAGAUGGUUCGGUGUUUGUUCUUGACCUCCGGAAGUUAUAACGGAGCCCUGCUGGAGUGCCUUGCUGCUUUGUAGCAAAGGUGGUUGAACAGUGGACAUCGUGCUCAACCCAUUGAUUGCGUCCCCAGGGUUGACCCCAUUUUCGUGCAUCUUGGCAGCUGCACAUGUGUGUUGCAGCUCUUAGCAAACUCACGUGUGUGAUUGUGUGGGAGCUUGCUGCCGAGGCAUGUUUGCCUGUGUGCCUUGGCGUUUUGACAAAUGCAGCCAGAGCUGCAGGCACAAAGAUUACCCAUAGAAAUCUGUUGUUCAUCAUGUUAAAAUGGGAGUUGAAGGGGCCUGAGGUGGGUGCUGUCUCACUCAUUGUAAAUAAUGUUGACGUUUCUAAUGGGAGGAGGGCUGAUCAGUGUAUUCUUUUAACUUCAUGUAGAUACAUUCAUGUGUACAUGAUUCCUUCAAAAACAUUGUCGUUUAAUUGAAAAUUUGUCGGCUUGUACAGUCAACUGCGCCGUCUAAAUGGUGUGCAACAGACUCAGUGUUACAGGUGUACAAGGCAGAGGUGAUUUUGCAGUUCAUGCUGAGUAAUAAGAGAUUGGUAUGCGCCGAAAAAUAUCGCACCUGUGACUCUUCGUGACCUGAGGCAAAUAAAUUACUUUACCUUGG